AUGAGAUCUAUUAUCCUUGCGCUAUUUGCCGCUCUACCUGUCAUUAAUGCUGCUGUAAGUAGCCCGCCCAUCUCCAAGACCGGCCGCUGCGGAAGCAGCUUUGGCCUUACGUGCACCGGCUCUUCUUUUGGCAACUGCUGCUCGCAGUACAACUACUGCGGUAAGACUUCCGCCCAUUGUGAUGCUGGGUGCCAGUCGGGCUUCGGGACUUGUAAAAAUUCGCCUGCACCGAUCGCGGCGUCCCUGAAAGUGUCAAAGGACGGGUCUUGUGGCGGAAAGAGUGGCUCCACGUGCUUGAAGUCUGUGUUCGGUAACUGUUGCUCGCAAUACGGAUACUGCGGCUCGUCAAAUGCAUACUGUGGCUCGGGAUGCAACCCUGCUUUUGGUUCCUGUUCGAGCUCAUCUUCCGUCUCUCCUACGACCGCGCAUCCAACGUCGACGUCAACACGUGUCACUGCCACUGCUUCGUCACCCGCCACCAAACCAGGUGUCCAGAAAAUUUCGACAAAUGCGCGAUGCGGCAAUGCCUACCAAGCGUCACCUCUUGGAAUGACUUGUGCCGGGUCCAAAUGGGGCAAUUGCUGUAGUCAAUACUCAUACUGUGGAAGCACCGAUACAUACUGCGGUAGUGGGUGCCAGCCAGGCUUCGGCAAUUGCAAGCCCGCGUCCUCAUCCCCAUCGUCCACACCCGCGAAGGCCCCAGUUGCGCCAUCGAGUGUGCUGUCAACCAUGAGGAUACCAGUAGUCCCAUCAUCUGCCUCGCCAACAAGCAUCACGUCGUCGUCUGCUAGCUCGUCUGAGCCCAUGAGCACAUCGCUCACUGACUCUAUCACGUCUUCUUCAACCACAAUUGCGUCUGUCGAAGAGCUGUACACAAGUACGCUCGUAACAAGCGCAAGCGCGUCAGCUACGGACGUGGGAGUCUCGUCCUCACUGGAGGCCACUUCAGCGUCAGCAGCGGUCCCGGAGAUUGUUCCUGCGUCCAGCGAGCUUCCAACCUCGCUCGCAACGUCAGAGAUCACCACGUCCACGAACCCUGUCGUUAGCUCUCCCAGCGCAUCAACUAGCCUAUCAGAAUCGCCUUCCUCUAUUGCUGAGCUUUCAAGCACGGCUACGGCGCCGCUCGCUACGUCAGACGUCGCUUCCGCCGAACUCGACACUGCCUUUUCCGUCGCAUCGCCUACCGUGCUCGAGACGUCUGUCGAGCCGACCACCACGCCCACACAAUCAAUCACUGACCUUCAGAUGGUAACAAGCGAGACCGAGACCAUUUCUUUGACUGCCACUCCCGUAAUUAGCACAUCGCCAUCGCCGGAGUCCACAUCAUCUGAGCCUACGUCCACUACAAUCGAAGAGUCCACAUCGAGCUCAGUGAUUGAAACACCAUCACCUUCCCCAGACACACCGGCUUCCUCGUCCCUAGUGAGUUCGAUCGCUGCGACAUCCACCUCAUCCGCGCCUGCGACCUGCAACACGCUCGCUGUGAAUUACAACCCUUCCUUUGAAAGCGGUGCCAUCACGCCUUGGAUCACCAGCCAAAUUUAUCCAGCCGGGACAUUCAAAAAUGAAGUUCUUUCUGCAGCGUCGGCGCCCUUUGCGCCGCUCGACGGAUUGAGUGCGCUUUACACCACCUUAACCAGCCGCACCACAGGGGGUACGUUCCAGUGGAGAUAUACCCUCCAGAACGUAUACAUCCCAGCUGGCAGCAAUUUCAACUGCACAGCAGGCGUCAAAGUGUUCCAGGGCGACAACCGCAAUCAAGCAUUUCCAAUAACAGCCGUCUUGGCUGUGGACAAUAUAGUUGUGGGCAACAAUGCAAACGGCAUCUACCGAGGAUCUGCUGGCAGCCUAGGAGCCAAUGAUUGGAAACGUAUUGGUGGUACUGGGGUUGCGAACUCCCAAGACAUGCAUACAAUCAUCGUUCAAUUCGCAAACUCUUUUAGUUACACUGGUGCGAGUCUUACGUUCGCGCUCGACGACCUACAGUGCUUUCCUACAGGGCAAUGCGCCACGUAG